AUGCUUCGUUUCGGAACGUCGUUUUUUCUCUGGUUCCUGUCGGCGCUGACCGUCGGUAGCGACGCCUACAAAGUUCUUGUCUAUCAUCCCAUCACUGGCCAUUCGCACAUGAAGUUCAUGGGCACUGUUUCUCAAAUUCUCGUCGAGGAAGGCUAUGACGUCGUGAGCUUUCCUUUUUUUUCCGAACUUCCCUUAUUUUCUCGCAGCUUUCAUUCAACUUUCUCAAAUUAAAUAACUUGUAACAUUCUGAAAAUUUGAAAAAAACCGAAUUAAUAAUGGAAUCUAAAAAAACGAGAUUAUGAAUUAUAUAUUAUAAGAUUAUAAAAAUAAUAAUAAACGGGCACACGAAUUAUAAAAAAAUUAUCUGUAAAGAAUAACGACAGACAACACUCCUCAUAACGACUUUGCUUGGCGUAAACCUAGGCCUGUCGAUUUAUGGAGGAGAUUAAUUUACUUUAUUUUUGUAAGAUCAAUCAUUUUCAUACAAUUUUAUAAAUAGCAAGCAUUUUUUCUUUGUGAUUUCAAAAUAUUUGAACCUCUCUGUUUGAUCCCGAAUUUCAUUGAUAAUUUUUGCAGACUCUUUUGAUGCCAAUUGUUGAUUCAACGCUCAAAGAUCUGACACCUCUCUUGAAGAAAAUCGACAAGCGGAUUAUUGUGGAUGUUGCACCUGAGUAAUUUAUAUUUUCAAAAAAUGAGCUUUGUGGAAGGUUUUCAGAGCCCAGAAGAUUAUUGAUGGAAUGGGAGGUUCGGACACUAGGAAACUUGCGUGGGGCCUCCGUCCAAGCAUUCACGGAUUCAUUGAGGUUUUUUUUCUGUUUAAUAAGACGCGCACUUUUGAAAUUGCUCAUAAAAAUUUUUUUAAAGAAGUUUUACUUUACAGGUUGGAGCCAAUAUUUCGAACGUGUACAAACAUACCUGCGAUAGUGAGUUUCCUUUAUUUUUUUCAAAAAAGCUGAAAGUACAAAAAACGCCGUCGAGAGAAAACAGAGAAUACUGAUAAGCUUUGAUUUUCUUGAUAACAACAUCACGCAGUAGACUUUCAAACGAAGGCUUUUUUUCAGACUUGUUCAACCAGCACAGACUUUUGGCGGGGUUGAGAGCCGAAAACUUCGACAUCGCAAUUUCAGAACCGCUGUUCAUUUGCGGAUUUGGUGAGAAGUUUUCACCUAGCUGGCCAUUUUGAAAUGUAAAUAAUCAACUCCAAUAACUACUGAAAGUUUUCAGUCAGAUUUUGCUUCCAGGACGCCUCAUUUGUUUUCUUUUUUUUUUUUGAAUUACGCAAAAGGAUUUUUUUGCACAGCUGCUUCAUUUGAACAAGAUACAUUUAUUUUUUUCUAAUAAUAAAAAAAUAAAAAAAGUAGUGGUUUAACGAAAGGAGAAAGAUUCUGAUGAAAUUUUUUUGUUGAAAAAGACAGACUUGUAAUUCAAAUAAUUCGGAAGAUUAGAAGCUUAAUGUUUCAAUUGCGAUUUCAGCACUGGCGGACUACUUGGGAAUCCAAAAAACAGUGACGAUCGACUCGCACAUCGGUCUACAGCCGGUCAAGACGGCCCACGGCGAUCCCAACGCCGCCAGCUUUCUUCCAGGUCACAAUAACCUCCUUUUUAUCGAUAAUAUGGAAACUGUAAUACUUCUGACAGAUCGAACCCUUUUCAGAGAAAAAAAUUGAAAGGUCUCUCUCAACAUAUUCGAAUUCGGCGUUUUGAUAUGUAAAUAUUGUGGGAAAGGUUCUUGAAAAACUAUUGAUAUAUAUAUAUAUAUAUAUUUAUCACGGUGAAUAAGGUAUAGUAAAUAUUCUCACCAAUUUUAGCCUCCUUCUCAUCAGCCGAGACAUUGACAACAGUUUUUGGCCGAAUGAAAAACGCCGUCGAGACCUUCUUGAGUUCUUACUUUGUUGAGAAUAUCUACGAAAAAGAGCUUGCCAUCAUCAAGGACCGUUACAAUAAGAAAUCCUGGCAGGUCAGAAGCACAUAUUUUGUGGGCUGAUUGUGAAAUAAUGUACAAGAAUCAAUUCGCUAUUGGUUCUUUCAAUGUCGAAUUUCAUUAAAAAAAUCUUUUCUCAUAUACUUCUAAUGCUUUUUCAACUUUGCCAAUAAUGGCUAUAUUUACUUCUAUAGUUUAUAAUUCGCGUCAUAGAAUUCCACUUUUUUUUCAAAUACAGCGGUAACUAUUAAAGGUGUGAUCAAUGUUGAAUUUAUUGAUAUAUCACUUUUCGGAUGUAUUCAUAGUUGAUCUAAGCUUCGUUUUCUUCCUGAGAGCAUAGAUAACGGCAAAAUUUUUGACAUAAAAAAUGCUCCAAAUUUUAUUGGAUAAGCAGGCGUUUUUUUCAGCCAGGAUCCAUUGUUUCCUCCGAAAACUAUUUUUUCAGUUGUUUUCUUCUAGACUCAUAGUUGUGCAUAAGUAAACGUUAAGUAAAUGCCUUCCCUUCUUUCUGUGCACGCGAAGACGUUAGCGAGUUGCGCGGUUCGACGGGGGAUAUUGGGGUCCGACGUGAGGCAGGUUGACCUGAGGAAGUCCACCUGAUCUGCGUGAUUGCGUCGUGACCUGACCUCGCAUCGGCACGUCUGCCCACGCUGUUAUUGCGCAACGGCAGUCGUAAGAAACGAGGAAAAAGGCGCCAAAAAAGCUUUCAACUGCUCGACAGACAUAUGUCGUUGAUUAUAUCUAUUGCAAGACGUUUAUUUGACACUACAUACUUUUUCUACAAAGGUAAAACCGCCUCCUGUGGAUGAUUCUUCAGUAGUUUAGUUGUUAAAAUGUAUCUUUUCGGGCUUGAGAACAUCCUGACAAUUGAUUGGACCUAAUCAAAAAUAGACGGCGCAGCGGAGAACGAAUGUGAAAAUGUUGAUUGCUUUGGUGCCACUGAGAAACAGUACGCAGGAGAAUAAGACGUUUCAUUUUGGGAAUGGUUAAAAGAAGUCAAUGAACGCCAAAAACGAUGAUUCGUUGUUGAAUUUUUUUUAGUUCUAUUAAAAUAUUACUGAUUAAUUUUCUCUUUAUGUAAAAGAAUGGUUUUAAGGAAGGAAAUUUUGCGUUUGCAGGACCUCUUGUACGACACGGCGUUCGUUUUUGUCAACUCGAAUCCUUUCAUCGACUUUCCCUAUCCCACGACCGCAAAAACCAUUCCUAUCGGAGGCCUCACCAUUGACACUUCCAAGCUCGAAACAGAAUCUCUUCCUGAAGUGAGUUUCGAGAAAAAAGUGUCUAUUUGCCAAAAAAAAAGGGAAACUGUGACGGAGAAAAAAAAAAUUCAACAAUAAAUUCCACUUUACCUAUUAUAUAAUUUUUAUUUCUAAAAACCGGAACCUCUGCAGGAAUACGACAACAUAUUGUCUCUGCGCUCUUCGAAUGUCCUCAUCUCGUUUGGAUCCAACGCUCGGUCCAUCGAUAUGCCUUUGGAGUACAAGUAGGGUUUUGGAUCGAGAUAUGGGGUGAAUCUCCUUUUAUAGGAAUGCGUUGCUGAAAGUCUUUGAGAAAAUGCCAGAGACGACCUUCAUCUGGAAGUACGAAGAUCCCGAGACCGACAUUAUCAGAAAGUACAACUCGAGCCUCAACAACGUCGUUCUCACCUCUUGGAUGCCGCAGAUGGCUCUUUUAGGUACUUCGUCAACUUUUGAUUUUCCUGUUUUUUUCCCUUUGUGGAUGCCUGUGUAAUCGGCAUGUUCAGCGGAUCCCCGACUGAACGUCUUCUUGACACACGGAGGCCUCGGCAGCACGAUGGAACUCGCGUACCGAGGGAAGCCCUCCGUGAUGGUGCCCGUGUUCGGAGACCAGGCAAGGAACGCUCGCAUGAUGGAACGUCAUGGCGCCGCCAUUCUCCUCAAAAAGACCGACCUCGCGAAUCCUGACGUCAUCAUCUCAGCCUUGCGACGUAUGAUUCAAGACAAAAGGUGAUCGGUACCGGAGGAAUUUCAAUUUUCGCCUCUUUUCAGUUAUAUCGAGAGAGCUCAGAAACUGUCAAUCAUGCUUCACAAUCAAGCGUUCUCGCCUCGCGAGCUUUUUGUCAAGUAUAUGAAAUUUGCAUCCAGGUAUUGUUGCUAACUCAUGAUGAGCUAAAAAUGUACAGCAGAAUUAAGAAGUUCUACUCGAAACAUCAGAAAAUUUGAGGUCGAAAAUAUCUUUGACGUCAUGAGGGUCUGAGAAAUUGUAUAAGAAUUAUAAUAUAAUUAUUAAACCUGUAAAUCUCGCUGUUUUUCGAAAAAGGUUGCUCUGUCGUUCUCGCCGUUUCCAGACUUGCUGCGUCUCACUCAGGCUUGUGCGUCAGGCCGAGCUUUGGGUCUUCAUUUUUUUCAGAAAAAGCCUGCGCCAGCUCGGGCCCGGCUUCGAAAAAAUCUUGAAUUUAAUUUUUAAAAAAAUCAAGUUUAUUUUUUUACUUUCGCAUUCACUGCCUCAAUUCUCGUGACCUGAAUGAGAGGGUUACACGGAAGAAAUUCGCGGAAGUGCACUUGAAUCAAAAUUUUCGAAAGGGGAGAUUUUUAAUAUCAGAGAAAAAGUUCAUAAUAGUGAUUUUAUGUAUGUUUGGAAGAUAAGAACUAAAAAAACUAUUUCCAUAGGUGGCACCAUGAUUUAAAAAAAGUCCCAAAUCAGUUUACGGAAUGGAACUGCUAUUUUUGGAUUCGUCUGAACGAUGUUAGUUCAAUUUGAAAAUAAUUUUUUGAUUUGUAUCUUUUAAAUACUUCUAGAUCUACUACCAUCAACUUUUUUCCGAUGUGAAAAUUAUACCUCUAGGAAUUUCAAUUCAAUUUUUUUUUUUCACAAAUCUCUUCCGUGCAACCUUGCUAGAUGAGCGCCAGAGUUUUAUUUUUCAUGUGUCUCAAUUACAUCUAAUUCUUCUAAUAUAAGUUGAUUUCCAGGUACGGAAAAGUGGAGGCAAUGAACACGGAGGCGCGCAAUCUGACCACGAUCCAGUACUACUUUCUCGAUGCGGCGGCUCUUCUUUUCGGCCUCGUCUUUCUCAUUUCCAGCUCCUGCUUUUUCUCGCUCGCACGUCUACGGGUUCGCGCUAUCUUCAAAGCAAAGAGCGACUGAAUUUUCCAUCGAUUCUUGAAUCUCGGUAUGAUUUGUACAAUUUUUUUCGUCUUUAUGACGCCUCACAAAAGAGAUAAUUUCACUUGAAUUUCCAGAAGUUUUCGGAAGUCAGAACACUUUUCAAUGCACUAGAUAAAAAUCUUUGAAGUUUCAAUGCAAAUUUUCCUAUUUUCCAAAAACAGGUCCCGCAAUGCCUCUGUUUUUCUCGAAGAACAGCGAGUUCUACAGUUUGAGAGGUAUCUUCUCUAGCUUAUUGAAAAGUGUUUUGGCUAUUUCUUGAAAAUUCUGCAGUUGUAAUAAAAAAUCUUCCUUAUUAUCCCUUUCACGUUGCUCACAGCCGUUUCACGUGUACUUUUUCUUCUGGUUUUGAACCCGUCCUGCGAUUAUCCUGUCGACUUCUGUAUAUGCUGUGCAUACCUCAUGAGAUGAUAUUAAAUUUUUUUCAAUAUCUCAAAUCUGAGAAUGCAGAAAAAUACAGCAAAAAAAUUCCAACGGAAAGUAUGCCAAACGAUUGAUUUUCAUUCGUUUUUUUAUUCCUUAUAACCCGUUCAAAAUAACAGAAAAAAAGGAUUAACUCCAUUUUAUUGUUCUAAUUGGAAAAGAUCAUCUGUCAAAGUUAAAAGCAGCGCCAAAACUCAGAACUUGCUGUAGGGAAGAACUUCAAUCACUGGAAUGCAUUUUUAUAAAAUUAAACUCUCAGCUGUAGAUGAAUAUCAGUAAGUUUGAGUUGGCUUAAAGAAACCAGGACCUCAUCGCUAAAUCUUCUGAUUUUUCUUUAAUGGUGUCUCUCUUGAGUUCCACUUUCAAAUUUAAGUCAUUCAGACAGAGCUUCAGAUGACCUUUUACGUCUGCAGUUAAGUCGAUUUUGUCAUUCUGAUGUUAGCAUUGAAUGUCGCGUACAGACGUUGGCUCUCUCCGAGGCGACCUUUUUCCGGUUCAAGGCACGCCUUCACCUUGGUAGCAGACCCAAAAAUCGAUCAGAGACCCAUCCGUACCACUCUGAGCGGUCCCAGAACGUUGGCCAUCAGCCAACUUUCAAAAGACCACGCCUCCAAGCGUCGCGUAGUGGACGCUCGCAUCGAGGUCGAGGUCGGCGUGGCAUAGGUCCGCCUCCUCGCGUAUAAAAGCCCAGCGAUGGUCGACCCAUAUGCUCAGUCGUGCUGCUGCUCUCGUCGCGUUCGGUUGUGGUUUCUCUGACCAUCCCCUCUGUCUGCCUACACCUCAACUACUACUCGCUCCGCCUCUUCUUCCGCUCUCUAACCUCUUAUGUCUGGUCCCUUCUGUCCUGA